AUAGCUAUUAGCUGGACACUAUUACAUCAUCCGUUGAGUUGUGUUUCAUUGGUGAUGGUGAAUGCGGUUCGAUUUGUGGAGGUUUUAACUCAGCUUGACUAUCGAAAUAUUGGUGAAGCAUCGAAUUUCUCUUGGCGUCUUCAUAACGCUGUCGAGUUGGCUGCAUUGGGCGCUCAUUUCGUCACGAUUAUGCUUUGUAUACGCAUAAUCGAGCUCGUCAAUGGCACUAUAUUCGUUGAGCCGAUGUCACAAUUCGAAGGUUUCAAUAAUCCGUUGGCUGCGAUUGCCGAACAAGAGCCUGGCUAUGCGCAAGUAGCGCAGAACGCAUUCGAACACCUACCACAACCCGAAGUUCAUCUUCAGUUCCAACCAGAUGAACAAAAAGAGGAGCAACCGCAAACUGAAGAAUAA